AUGGCGUGGGUGCUGAAGAUGGAUGAAGUGAUCGAGUCGGGGCUGGUGCACGACUUCGACGCCAGCCUGUCCGGCAUCGGGCAGGAGCUGGGGGCCGGUGCUUACAGCAUGAGUGAUGUUUUGGCACUGCCUAUUUUCAAACAGGAAGAUUCCAGCCUUCCACAAGAAAAUGAGACCAAACAUCCACCCUUCCAGUAUGUUAUGUGUGCUGCAACAUCUCCAGCAGUAAAAUUAUAUGAUGAAACUCUUACAUACUUGAAUCAAGGUCAGUCCUAUGAAAUACGGAUGCUAGAUAAUCGGAAAGCUGGAGACAUACCAGAGAUCAAUGGAAAACUGGUGAAGAGUAUUAUAAGAGUUGUGUUCCAUGACAGAAGGUUGCAGUACACAGAACACCAGCAGUUAGAAGGUUGGAAGUGGAACCGCCCUGGGGACAGGCUUCUGGACUUAGAUAUUCCAAUGUCUGUUGGCGUAAUUGAUAUCAAGACAAAUCCAAGCCAGCUCAAUGCAGUUGAAUUUUUGUGGGAUCCAACAAAAUGUACAUCUGCUUUUAUUCAGGUACAUUGUAUUAGCACUGAAUUUACCCCUCGUAAACAUGGAGGAGAGAAAGGAGUUCCUUUUAGGAUUCAGGUUGACACUUUUAAACAGACUGAAAAUGGAGAAUAUACAGAUCAUCUGCAUUCAGCCAGUUGUCAAAUCAAAGUUUUUAAGCCAAAAGGAGCAGACAGGAAACAGAAAACAGACAGAGAAAAGAUGGAAAAGCGAACUGCUCAUGAAAAAGAAAAGUAUCAGCCUUCAUAUGACACCACAGUUCUUACAGAGAUGAGGCUUGAGCCUAUAAUUGAAGAUGCAGUUGAACAUGAGCAGAAAAAGUCCAGCAAGCGGACUUUGCCAGCAGACUACGGUGAUUCUCUGGCAAAGCGAGGCAGUUGUUCACCAUGGCCUGAUACUCCUACAACAUUUGUGAACAGUAGUCCGACUCCUGCUCCAACUUUUACCUCUGCUCAACAUAAUACCUACAGUGUCCCAGACAGCAAUUCUUCGUCCCCAAAUCAUCAAGGAGAUGGAACCUCUCAAGGAUCUGGAGAUCAGCUUCAUCCUUCAGCCACAAUACAGGAAACUCAGCAAUGGUUGCUCAAGCAUAGGUUUUCUACCUAUACAAGGCUUUUUUCGAAUUUCUCAGGUGCUGAUUUAUUAAAGCUGACAAGAGAAGAUCUGGUACAAAUCUGUGGUCCAGCCGAUGGAAUUCGGCUAUAUAAUGCACUGAAAUCCAGGUCUGUUAGGCCCCGUUUAACAAUCUAUGUCUGCCAGGAGCCGUUACAGAGCAUCCAGCUGGAAGGACAAGAUGCCGGCAAUGGCGAUAGCAGCAAUGGUGCAAUAUAUGUUUAUCAUGCAAUCUACUUAGAAGAAAUGGCAGCCUCCGAAGUCACACGCAAGCUUGCUUUGGCAUUUAAUAUUCCGUUGCAUCAGAUCAACCAGGUUUACAGACAGGGUCCCACAGGUAUCCACAUCCUUGUUAGUGAUCAGAUGGUUCAAAACUUCCAAGAUGAGAGUUGUUUCUUAUUCACCACAAUAAAAGCUGAAAAUGGUGAAGGUUUCCAUAUAAUUCUGAAGUGAUGUCACACAACCCCUAGACUGAUACUCCAGCGCAGAAUGAAGUCCUGCCUAAAGAUUAUGAAGAUCAUCCAAAACCUUAGGAUCUAACUUCACCGUAUAAGAUGUUUCAUAUUGAAAACACACAGUGACCUUUCUAACGAGCUGUUUGAUAGGUGAACUUUCUUAUCACUGCCAUAGCUAAGUGUCCUCAUGAGAGGUAUAAUGCCAUGACAGCUGACGUACAGGCAUGGAAGACAAUGUAAGCAAAGGUGCUUGCCCUUUCCUGAAAUAAGGCAAAUUAUGGCCAGUAGAUACAGUUUCUAGAAGCAAAGCGCUGCUGCUUUUCUAUUCUCUGUAUCCAGUUGGAGAUGAAUGUAAACUUAUUUUGGGGCAUUUACCUUUCUGUGCCAGUUUUGUCUAUUACUUGCUUGUACCUUAUGCUGGUUUUAUUUUUUGAUGUUAGCAGAGCACACACUAAUCUGUGUGGAGAGGAGGAGUCAAGCUGAUCGUGAUCAGGUUGUCAGGUCUUUGAGAGUAAAGCUGUCAAAACAGCUUCCCGUGUAAAUUGUGUACAGGAGUGUAUGUAAGAAGUGUAAAUGCCAGAACUGGGCUUUUAAGAAGCCCCAGACAGAUGCAAUAUAUGCAUGCAGCAAACUGCAUUAUCAGUAGUACCUUAUUGGAGGGAUUAAUAUAAAUCCUGUCGGGUACCAAGUCAUUGUGUUUUGCUUUAACAAAUUUAAUGGAAAAGAAUUGCCUAUGCAUCCUUUAUGUUUAGUUUCCUAGGUUCUCUGCGGAGCACUGCUGCAGUUUAACUCUUUGCUUGUAA